AUGGAGGAGAUGGCGGACAGAGGAGACGAACCCAUCCUGUUUCUUCCUUUCCCAUUUACCACCAAGGAAGUGAAGCAACCCCCAUACAAAGGCUCCGAUCCCGAGUGGCUCGCUUUCAUGGCCGUGAACAAGGAUCAACAAGUUCAAAAAGACAUCAAGUUCGGGCUUGCAGAAAUUAUCCGGCGCGGCGUGGAAAAGAAUCCGGGCUACGUGAGGCUUCUGGGAGGAAAAGACAUCAAACUCAAGAAACUAUGGCUGGACAUCUUGUACCCGCCAGCACCGCCGCCAAAGCACUAUGUAUCUGGGAUCAUUAUUGACGACGAUGGCAUCUUCUGGGGCGACAGACCAAUCGACCCCGUCGCCGCGGGCCACCUCAACAUGGCGAUAUACCCCAAGGCCGUGGCCUUGACUGUCUGGACGUUUGUCAACUCACUCUGCAAACAAGCCGCCCAGGAUGUGGCCAAAGCCUUGGGGUUCAACACAGAGCCCCCUCAAGACACAUCGUGGCAAACCGUCGCUAUGGACCGCAUGAAGGAGCAAGGAACAAUAGGCUCAGGGGGCAAGCAAGCCGUCAAGGUCCCCGUCCCAACCGACAAGCCCGUAAACAUCCCCGUUCCUGCCGCCAAUGGGGACGUUCUCGGACCUUCCGCCGGUAGCGACAGCAACCAGCUCGACCCUCGAAUCCAGGGUGCUCUCCACGCGGCUUCCAUGACUUUUGCUAAGAACUGGCAGUCUGUGAAACAGCCCCCGAACCGUGGGUGCAUCCGUGUAGACGGCCUGGUGGAAUUACAAGGGAAGAAUGCUGUCAUGGUGGUGUAUGUUUUUGGGUGGUAUGAUCCCAAGCAGAAGAAUUAUAUGGCUAUUCAAACAGGUCUGAAGCAUCUGGUACAGCUGAAGCAGCGACCAGCCGCAGGUUGA